AUGUGUGGUACAAAUCAAACAAAUCGUUAUAUUGUUUGUUGUUUUCAACGUGAUUAUUGUAAUGAUCUUGAUGCUUAUUCAACAACAAUUCGUGCUACAUUAAUAUGUACAAUAUCAACAAUUACUUUAACAACACGUCAACCUCCUGAACAAAAUUCAGAUGGACGUAUACCAUCAGAUCAAUCAUUAACUGCACUUCUCGAUGAAUUUUCAACAAGUACAGUCGGACCAGGUUAA